AUGGCAGAUCGAUUGGCGCGUAUUGCUAUAUUGAAUAAUGACAGGUGCAAGCCGAAUAAAUGCCGACAGGAGUGCAAGAAGAGCUGUCCUGUUGUCAAGACCGGAAAGCUUUGUAUCGAGGUGACACCAGCAUCCAAGGCUGCUUUCUUAUCAGAGGAGCUGUGUAUAGGAUGUGGCAUCUGUGUGAAGAAGUGCCCUUUUGGAGCUAUUCAGAUUGUCAAUCUUCCCAAGGACUUGGAGAAAGAUACAAUCUACCGCUACAGAGGAAACUCCUUCAAAUUGCACAGGCUUCCAGUUCCAAGGCCAGGACAAGUCCUAGGUUUGGUUGGAAAAAACGGUAUUGGUAAAUCAACUGCUCUCAAAAUCUUGGCUGGAUUAGUCAAACCAAAUCUUGGCAGAUACGAGAAUCCUCCGCCUUGGCAGGAGAUUUUGAAUCACUUCCGCGGGUCAGAACUUCAAAGCUAUUUCACCAGACUCUUAGAAGAGAAUCUAAAGGCCGUUACGAAGCCACAAGAUUUAGAAGAUAUAAGAAGAUAUGCUCCAGGAAAGCUUGGGGAGACACUUGAGAAGAUGGACGAGAAAGGAUUGAUGGCUGAGGUUUGUGCUGAUUUGGAGUUGAACAAGAUCCUUGAGCGUGAAGCAACAGAUAUAUCUGGUGGAGAGCUACAGAGGUUUGCGAUUGCUUCAGUUUUCCUGAAGAAGGCAGUUAUAUACAUGUUUGAUGAACCAUCCAGUUACCUGGAUGUGAGACAAAGAGUCAAAGCUGCUCAAGUUAUACGCUCGCUCCUCAGAUAUGACAACUAUAUAAUUGUGGUGGAGCAUGACCUCAGCGUCCUUGACUAUUUGUCGGAUUUCGUUUGCUGUUUGUAUGGAAAGCCGACAGCAUAUGGUGUCGUGACUCUUCCCUUUUCUGUUAGAGAAGGUAUCAACGUGUUCUUGUCCGGCUUUAUCCCCACAGAGAACUUGCGUUUCAGGGAUGAAUCUCUGACCUUCAAGGUUUCUGAUACUCCACAAGAGAGCGGUGGGGAAGUGAAGUCUUACGCAAGAUACAAAUACCCAAAAAUGAGUAAAAAGAUUGGAGAUUUCAAUCUGGAUGUGAUGGAAGGGGAGUUCACUGACUCUCAGAUUAUUGUAAUGCUUGGGGAGAACGGUACAGGGAAAACAACCUUCAUCAAGAUGCUGGCAGGUGCAUUCCCACGUGAAGAAGGUGUAGAAGAAUCAGAUAUGCCAGAGUUUAAUGUAUCAUACAAACCGCAAGGGAUUUAUUCGAAGCGCGUGUGUACUGUGAGACAGUCGCUGCUUAACAAGAUUCCUGAUGCAUAUGUGCAACCUCAGUUUGUGUCGGAUGUAGUGAAGCCACUUCAGAUUGAGCAGCUCUUGGAUAAACAGAUAAGCAACCUCUCUGGUGGAGAGAUGCAGAGGGUUGCCAUAACUCUAUGCCUCGGGAAACCUGCAGAUAUCUAUCUGAUUGAUGAGCCAAGUGCGUAUCUUGACUCUGAGCAAAGGAUCACAGCUUCAAAGGUCAUUAAACGGUUCAUCUUACACGCCAAGAAAACCGCCUUUAUUGUGGAGCAUGACUUCAUAAUGGCGACCUAUCUUGCGGACAAAGUCAUCGUUUAUGAAGGACAGCCUGCUCUCAAGUGUACUGCUCACUCUCCACAGUCGCUCCUAACCGGAAUGAACCUUUUCUUAUCGCACCUCAACAUCACAUUCAGACGUGAUCCGACUAACUUCAGGCCAAGGAUCAACAAAUUAGAUUCCACCAAGGACAGGGAGCAAAAGGUUGCAGGAUCAUACUACUUCUUAGACGACUAA